AUGUGCGAAGCCCAGGAGGGGGGCUGCGGAGGCGGGGGGCAGCCCCGGAGGUCGCCCCGGGGCAGCCGCCCCCUGAGAUGUAUGAAGUGCAAAGAAGGUUCUCCGGUGUUAAUCAUCCGCGUUGGGGAUGCUUUUUGCAAGACCUGUUUCAAGGAAUAUUUUGUCCACAAGUUCCGUGCCCUGCUUGGGAAGAACCGCUGCAUUUACCCUGGAGAGAAGGUUCUCCUUGCCUAUUCGGGCGGUCCUGCCUCCAGUUCAAUGGUGCGGCAAGUGCUAGAGGGCCUGAGCAGGGAAGCCGCCAAGAAACUCCGAUUCGUGCCUGGAAUCAUUUUCAUCGAUGAGGGAGCUGUAUGCGGACAGAGCCCAGACAAGCGGAAGGAGAUUCGCGGUCAGGUGGAGGCGAUCCUGCAAGCCACGGGGUUCCCCUAUCACCUGGUAUGCUUGGAAGAGGUGUUUGACCUCCCUGGUUCUGUUCUGCGCUCGCUUUCCCACGACGCCACUGACCAGGGCCACAGCUACAAGGAAGCCGUGGACAGCUUCAUAAGGCGGCAGCGGCAGCAGGGCGAGGAGACGGGGGACCUAGCAGGCACUCUGAAGGACCGGGUAGCAGAGCUCAGCCUUCAAGACUCUUCACGGAAGGAAGGGCUGGCGGUUCAAGGAGCAGGGCCUCCCCCCAGUUCCCACACUGAAGAACUGGUCCGCCUCUUUGCGGCCGUGAAAACCCUGACUGCCAAGGAGGAGCUUCUGCAGACACUCCGGAACCACCUGAUCCUGCAUGUGGCCCGGACGAGUGGAUACGCCAAGGUGAUGAUGGGGGACAGUUGUACCCGGGUAGCUGUCAAGCUGCUGACCAACCUCUGCCUGGGCCGGGGGGCCUUCCUGGCCGUGGAUACGGGCUUUGCAGACAGCCGCCACGGCGACGUGCUCUUCCUGCGGCCCAUGCGGGAAUAUCCCGCCAAAGAGAUUGCCUUCUACAAUCACCUCUUCGGCGUGCCCACCGUCUUCACGCCGGCCCUGGACACCAAAGCCCCUGGCAGAGCCAGCAUCCACCAUCUGAUUGAGAGCUUCCUUUGCCAGCUGCAGUCCGAGUUCCCCUCCACAAUCAGCACCGUCUACCGGACAGGUGAGAAACUCGGCGUCACCCCCCGAGAGGCCGGCGGCAGCGGCGGCCCCGCAGGACUGGCACAAUGCCUCUUGUGCCUCUGUACCCUCGACACGAAUGUCGUGGACGGCUCCGCCUUGCAGUCGACGCUGCUGUCGGAGCAGCUCAGCCGGAAGCCGCCGUCGGCCGGGAACGGCUGCUGCGGAGGGGCCCGGGACCAGACAGGAUGCUGCAAGGGCCCUCCAGCGACAGGAGAUUCUUCUGGCCGGUCCCAGCUGCUCGCGUUGCUCUGCCACGGCUGCCGUCUGACCGUCCGAGACAUGAGCAGCUUGGAGCCUCUCCCGCCAUACAUCCACUCAGAGGCCGAGCGACGACGAUGCAGGGCUGCGAUGAAGCAAGAAAUCCAAGAGUUCUUACUUGAAGACGACCCUGAACUGACAGCCGAAACGCCACCCUGAUUCUUUGCUGCUCUGAUGUUUUAAGCUUUUGUUGGGCUGCAGAGAUCCCAGCAACAGAGUAAAAUGGCCAUAGCCCACCACCACCACCACCAGCUUAGCAGCCACUGCUGAGAGCCCCUGUAGAGAGAGGUGGGUUAAAAAGGUCUACGGCUCACCUUUCGUUGCACAUUUGUUACUGGUGGGGUGGGGGUGGGGGUAAGGAUGAGGCCACAAAUCCCCACUAUUCUUCCUCCACCACAACCCGUGCUCCUCACCCCCAUCUGGUAUGACCCAGCGUCGUUCAUAAUGACAGCUCUUAAUUUUUUUUU